GGACGCCCAGCAGCCUGGCCAAGGACGGGCGAAUGUUCCCGAGCCAGACCAGCUCCGUGACGGAGGCUGCGUCGGACGAGAUGGACUGCGACCUCAUGGACGAGCCGCAGCGAGUCACUCUGCUGACGGAGGCCCACCGCAACGCCAUCCGGGCCAUCAGGAAGAUCAAGUACUUUGUGGCGAGGAGAAAGUUCCAGCAGGCGAGGAAGCCGUACGACGUUCGGGACGUGAUCGAGCAGUACAGCCAGGGCCACCUCAACAUGAUGGUCCGGAUCAAGGAGCUGCAGCGGCGUCUGGACCAGACGCUGGGAAAGCCGGGCAGCUACCUGGGCGGAUUCGACCGGGCGGGGAACCAGCUCAAGCCCAUGACCAUCGGGGCUAGGCUCUUUCGACUGGAGCAGCAGCUCACCGGCGUGGAGAGGAAGACAGACUCUAUCCUCGCGCUGAUGCAGAUGCUGGCGCAGAAGCACGCCAUACCGCUGCCGUCGCCACGCUCGCCCACGCCGAGGGAAGAGCUGGAGUCGCGGAACACAUAAGGCUGUCAAUGUCAACGCCGUGCGCCACGCUGCACCGGUUGUUUACCUAACUCUCCUUCUUCUGAUCUCAAAGCACCUAACGGUGUGUUUUUUACCCUUGAUAGAAGGGUGAUAAGAAUUUAUCGGAUGCUGUUAUGUGCGUUUACUUUAAUCGACUAAUAGCACCACAAGAUGCACGGUUCUUAAGCUUUAACUAAGUAAGGUCUCCUAUUCCAUGACAGUAGAAACAUUAUGCUAUGCUCAAACGGCCUCCUCCUUUAUCACGAAGAGCACGAAAUUGUGAGUCGCAUUGCAAGAUGAGGUCGUCUUGUUAUAUGCACAACAUUUUGUUAUUAGAUUAAGUACAUCAAAAAGGAAAACAACGAACAAAGGUCAGUACGAUUUAUUUUGACCUCCUUUCUGUCGUAUUUGAACGCUAUGUUCUCUAUCACUAACUUUUUUAAGCUACACCACUUUCAUAUUCCAUAUUUUUCUGUGAAUCUCUUGAUAUAUCGUGGUUAACUUGAGGUGACACCACGAGGUAUACUCUAGUAACUAAUAAUCUGCUGUGAGUUCAUUCUUAUUAUAAUUAUUAAUAUUGUUAA